CUCGCCUUUGAGAGCGCAGUGAGAUCCACUACAACAAUGGAUCACGUCUGAGCGUUCAGGCGAUAGAGGUUGGAGCGAAAAAAAAAAAAAAGUAUAGGGGGAGGGUUGGCAUUUUUUCCUCCCAGCGGAAGGAGACGUAUCGCUCCUGCAGGACAAUGUGUAAGAACCGGAGCCGUAGCAGCGCCACCAACCCACCCCGACCCGAGGCCAACAUGGACGAGACCUUCAUUUAACGCACGUUAUAUCGUAUCCAAAGCGUUUUUUUUGUACUGAGGUUGAGGCUGGGGUUUUGGGGGAAGGAUAAGGAUUGUGCGAGAAGGGAAAAAAAGGGGGAAGGCAGCGAUGAGAAUCCUGCGUUGAGGAAAGAAAGCGAGGCGGCGGGGCCGAGAAGAAGGGAGAAAGAUGGGUGCCUUGCUACGGACCACUCUGUUGUUGUGUAGUUUCUGUUUGUUGAUACAAGGCGUGCCCCUCUUGCUGUACGCCAACCGGCGAGACCUCCGGCUCGUGGACGCGGCCCACGGGAAGGCCAACGCCACGGUGGUGGUGGGCGGGCUGGAGGACGCGGCGGCGGUGGACUACGUCUACGCCCGGGGUCUCAUCUACUGGAGCGACGUGAGCGAGGAGGCCAUCAAGUGCACCGCCUUCAACCGGUCAGGGGACGGCAGCGCCCAGACGGUGGUGGUGUCCGGGCUGGCGUCGCCCGACGGCCUGGCCUGCGACUGGCUGGGCGGGAAGCUCUACUGGACGGACUCGGAGACGAACCGCAUCGAGGUGGCCGAGCUCGAUGGAUCUUUACGGAAAGUUUUGUUUUGGCAAGAGCUGGACCAGCCGAGGGCGAUAGCCCUGGACCCAGAGAGGGGACGAUCAGCCGUGCGUUCAUGAACGGCAGUGCCCUGGAGCACGUGGUGGAGUUCGGGCUGGACUACCCCGAGGGCAUGGCCGUAGACUGGCUGGGCAAGAACCUGUACUGGGCGGACACGGGCACCAACCGCAUCGAGGUGGCCAAGCUGGACGGCCAGCACCGGCAGGUGCUGGUGUGGAAGGACCUGGACAGCCCCCGGGCACUCGCCCUGGACCCGGCAGAAGGGUUCAUGUACUGGACGGAGUGGGGGGGCAAGCCCAAGAUCGACCGCGCAGCGAUGGACGGCACGGGGCGUCUCACGCUGGUGCCCGACGUGGGCCGGGCCAACGGGCUGACCAUCGACUACGCCGAGCGCCGUCUCUACUGGACGGACCUGGACACCACGCUCAUCGAGUCCUCCAACAUGCUCGGCAAGGAGCGGGAGGUGAUCGCCGACGACCUGCCGCACCCCUUCGGCCUCACCCAGUACCAGGACUACAUCUACUGGACGGACUGGAGCCAGCGCAGCAUCGAGCGCGCCAACAAGACCAGCGGCCGCAACCGCACGGUGAUCCAGGGCCACCUGGACUACGUCAUGGACAUCCUGGUGUUCCACUCCUCGCGCCAGGGCGGCUGGAACGCCUGCGCCGCCACCAACGGACACUGCUCCCACCUGUGCCUGGCCGUGCCCGUGGGCGGGUACGUGUGCGGCUGCCCCGCCCACUACUCGCUGAACCUCGACAACAAGACCUGCAGCGCCCCCACCUCCUUUCUGCUGUUCAGCCAGAAGACGGCCAUCAACCGCAUGGUGAUGGACGAGCAGCAGAGCCCCGACAUCAUCCUGCCCAUCCACAGCCUCCGCAACGUGCGCGCCAUCGACUACGACCCGCUGGACAAGCAGCUGUACUGGAUCGACUCCAAGCAGAACGCCAUCCGCCGCGCCCAGGACGACGGCAACCAGAGCAUGACGGUGGUCUCCAGCCAGGUGGGGGGGCUCAACAUGGGCCUGCAGCCGUACGACCUCAGCAUCGACAUCUACAGCCGCUUCAUCUACUGGACCAGCGAGGUCACCAACGUCAUCAACGUGACGCGCACGGACGGGCGCCGGGUGGGCGUGGUGCUGCGCGGCGAGCACGACAAGCCGCGCGCCAUCGUGGUCAACCCCGAGAGAGGGUACAUGUACUUCACCAACCUGCUGGAGAGCUCCCCGAAGAUCGAGCGCGCGGCGCUGGACGGGACGGAGCGAGAGGUGCUGUUCUUCAGUGGCCUGGGGAAGCCCAUGGCGCUCGCCAUCGACAACGAGCUGGCCAAGCUGUUCUGGGUCGACUCGGAGCUGAAGAGGAUCGAGAGCAGCGACCUCUCUGGCGCCAACCGCGUGGUGAUCGAGGACUCCAACAUCCUGCAGCCGGUGGGGCUGACGGUGUACGGCCCCCACCUCUACUGGAUCGACCGGCAGCAGCAGAUGAUCGAACGCAUCGACAAGACGACGCGCGAGGGCCGCACCAAGAUCCAGGCCCGCAUCGCCACGCUGUCCGACAUCCACGCCGUGCACGAGCUGGACAUGGCCGAGUACAGUAAGCACCCGUGCACCUGGGAGAACGGAGGCUGCUCCCACAUCUGCAUCGUGAAGGGUGACGGCAGCACGCGCUGCUCCUGCCCCGUGCACCUGGUGCUGCUCCAGGACGAGCUCUCCUGCGGCGAGCCUCCCACCUGCUCCCCGGAGCAGUUCUCGUGUGCAUCGGGCGAGGUGGACUGCAUCCCCAACGCGUGGCGCUGCGACGGCUUCCCCGAGUGCGACGACCGCAGCGACGAGGACGACUGCCCCGUGUGCUCGGAGGCGGAGUUCCAGUGCGACAGCCGCCAGUGCGUGGGGCUCAGCCUGCGCUGCAACGGGGAGUUCAACUGCCAGGACCACUCGGACGAGAACAAAUGCGAAGUCCGCUGCCCGCCCGACCAGUUCAGCUGCACCAACGGCCAGUGCAUCGGCAAGCACAAGAAAUGCGACCACAACAUGGACUGCACGGACAACUCUGAUGAGAUCGGUUGCUACCCAACAGACGAGCCGUCCCAGCAGCCCUCCAACACCAUCAGCACCAUCGUGGGCGUGGUGCUGGCUCUGUUCGUGGUGGGCGCCGUGUACUUCGGCUGCCAGCGCGUGCUCUGCCCGGCGACCAAGGACGACGGCGAGACGGUCACCAACGACUUCGUGGUGCACGGGCCCUCCGUGCCCCUGGGAUACGUGCCCCACCCCAGCUCGCUGACGGGCUCGCUGCCCGGCAUGUCCAGGGGCAAGUCUGUGAUUGGCUCUCUCAGCAUCAUGGGCGGGAGCAACGGGCCACCGUACGACCGCGCCCACGUGACGGGGGCGUCGUCCAGCAGCUCCUCAAGCACCAAGGGCACAUACUUCCCGCCGAUCCUGAACCCGCCCCCCUCCCCGGCCACCGUGCGCUCGCAGUACACCAUCGAGUUCGGCUACUCCUCCAACAGCCCGUCCACGCAUCGCUCCUACAGCUACCGGCCCUACACCUACCGCCACUUUGCCCCCCCCACCACCCCCUGCAGCACGGACGUGUGCGACAGCGACUGCACGCCGGGCCGCCGGCCGCCGCCCAAGUCGGGCGCGGCGGGGGGCGGGGGUGCGGGCGCCAAGGGCUACGUCAGCGACCUCAACUACGACUCGGAGCCCUUCCCGCCGCCGCCGACGCCGCGCAGCCAGUACCUGUCGGCCGAGGAGAACAACUGCGAGAGCUGCCCCCCCUCCCCCUUCACGGAGCGCAGCUACUCGCACCACCUCUACCCCCCCCCCGCCCUCCCCCUGCACGGACUCCUCCUGAGAAGCCACGCCCCCCCCCCUCUGCUCCUCCUCCUCUCUCUCUCCUCCCCCCCCCCCCCUCGCUCUCUCUCUCGCUCCACCCCAACACGAGCGCGCCUCUCUCGCCCCUCACAGAAGCUCCUCCCAUCUGACUGUAAAUACCAAUUUGUGUAUAGAAUGAUUUUUUUUUUUUUUUACUUCGAGGAGAUGGGAGCUAUGGCGUGAAGGAGAGGAGGAGGAUGAGGAGGAGGAGUGUGAUUGGUGGAUGAGGGGGUGGAGGUGGAGUGGGGAGGGGUGCGUCCCUGAACUUGUACAUUACAAUAAGGAAAUGACGUCACAGUCGCACUCGGCGACAUGGAGAAAAAGAGGAAAUGGGGGGGCUCGCGGAGAAACCGCAACGGGACAUUUGUACAUUGAAAAGAGAAAAAAAGCAUAUUUAUAUAUUUUCUAUACAGUGUUUUACUGAUGAUUAUGCCAUUGAGGUUUGUAUUAAUUUGUAAAUUUUUUAAGAAAAAGGUUUUAUUAUAAAAUCGUCACAAAUAUAAAGUUGCCUUAAACCAGGAGAAAAUACGUUUUACCUUCCUACAAGGCUGAAGGACAUGUAAAAGCACAUGAAAAUGGACAUAGACGCGAACAAUCGGAUACCAAAUGCCAAAAAAAAAUCCCACCACACUACACAGCUAACGGUAAAACACAACGGCAGGGCUCCCCCUGGUGGAGGCUGCCGGGUGCUGCAGUACUCUGCUCGUCAAUAUGGCAGCCAUUUUGUCAGUACAGGAGCAUUAUUUCAAUGCUUAGCCCAUACUAUGGGUUAGGAACAACUUGUCAAGCCCCUUGUUAUCAGUGGCAAAGAAUGUGGUACUGGUACUUAUUUGUAUCUUCAUUUUAAACAACUUUUUCCGAUUUAGAAAAAUGGAUUUGUAGGAACUUGUCUGUAUUUUUUCUUUUUCUAUUUUGGAAUUGUAGAGUUGAGCCUAUUCUUUUUGUUUCUGGAUCGAGUUCACAUCCAGAGCAGUCACACUACGGCACAUAUUUAUUUGCUUAUUUCAUCACUACGCGUUGGAUGUCAUGGCCGAGGGACGAUUAUAAACACGUGUACGAUGUAUUCUAAGUCCAAAGUCAAGAGGUGGUACAGGCUAUUUAUGCCACGUUCCGUAUCCAUAGCAACGCUGCCUGGCUCACAUCUUCAAUGCCCAGUUUUUUUUUACGCACAGGUGGAAACGCUCAAACCAAAACGUAGCCUUUCAUGUUCUUCAUAUUUGGUUUGGAGUUUUUAUAUAUUAUAUUUUUUAACACUACAAUGCCUGACCGCAGCUGUAGACGACCCCUGGCCCAUAGGUCAAGGUUCAUAGACCCUGGGACAGGUUAGGGGUGCGUUCAACAACCUCACUACAUCUAAACUCAUCACCUGUUGGCUUUUUUUUGUUUUAUUUUUUUUACGGACCAGUUCUCGUGCCUGUGCAGCAUCUCGACCCCAUAUCGAUGGUUUUCAUGGUUUUUAUCUUCAAGGAAAAAAAAAUCCAGUGCCCACUAAAUGCUAUAGUAUUUUUGUACCACAUAUUGUGUAGAUAACAUAUUUAUAAGCUAUAUAGAGAAUCAUUGUAAAUCUAUCCAUUGAGUUCUUGCAGUACUUUCUUUCAUUCCGUCUUUUUUUUGUUUUUGUUUUCAUUUUCUUUUCUUUUUUUAUAUGCCUCAUUAUAUUUUUCUACAAAAAAAAAAUGAAUCACUACAAAAGUACGGCGACAAUCUCAAAACAGGUCCGGUGUGUGGGGAAAAAAAACACAAAAGCAUAUCCCAAGUGAACCUGUUUUUAUUAUUCAGUUCUGUUUCUAUUCUCUGCUUGUUUGCUCGUUUCUAUAAAACACAACCUGAGCCCUCUCUGGUCACCGACGGGACGAGUGUCGCGCCGAAUCGCUUCCUUCUUUUACGUGAGGAGGGACCGGGUCAGCGCUCCUUCUCUCGGCCAAUGAGAGCAGGGGGCCCGAACUUGUGGCCUUGUUGUUCAUUUUAGGAAGAAACGAGAAAAAGGGGCCAAAGGGAGGGAAAGGGCCCCUCCGAAUCACCUGUGCUGACGUUUGCCGUUUUCGCCUUGCCUUUUCUUUGCUCGUGUCAACAAACAAAACAAAUCAAAAAUAACCGCUAUGUCCCGUUUUCUGUUUUAUCGUGCCGCUUUGCGACGACAACUUCUGUCGUCAACGACAACGAAAAAUAAAUGAAAUAUAUGUGUUUAUAUGUAUUUCUUUGCUUUUUGUUAACAAAGCGAUUGCGUUGUCAAAGGUGUUUCGUCGCGUGAGGAUUGUUGCAUUGUUCCUCUGAAGUUUUUAAUCGUUACGUUUUUUCGGGGAGUUUCGGAAUGGGUUCGCGGUUCUCCAGGGUACAAGACUCGAAGUCGGUGUAGCAUUGGCAUCGCACAAACGUCGCCACUAACGGGAAACGCAACAAAAUACACCAGCAUCGUUUUGACAAUCUUAAAGGGUUAUAUGUUGAUGGAUAAGGUUUUUGUAUACACACCGCUAUAUACUUACUGAUGUUUGGAACGCUCUAUAUCAUCGAUUUUUACCUACAAAUGUAUCUUUUGAAAGACAGUACUGUUUUUGAAUCGUAAAAGACAAGUUUCAUCUCUUUGUUUUGUUUUUUGUUAUUUUCCUCAAAAUAUCAAACUUUGUGCGCGUACUGCGUAGGUGAACAGUAAUGCGCUCAGGGCCAACGGCAAAGCUACAAUCGUGACAGCGGUGGAUUUGUGCGGACGUCCCAGUCCGUACAGCAGACACCCUUGUCAACAGUGCAUUACAAGCCAACGAAGUCUUUACAAUCAGUCGCCUCAUAUCUCUGUACGCGUCUCAAGGCUGUGUCUGAAUGACCUUUGACCUGUGCCUCCCAAGCACGUCAUUACAACCUUAUCUGGAGACGUUCUCAACCUCUAACUGCACUUUACACAGUACUUUAGCUGAUUUGUUGUUUAUUUCCGGUACAAUACACAACACACUACCACGUGUGGGGAAUACUACAUGUGUUCCGAUGAUGCAGAAGCAGUCUUUUUGGAAUCGUAAUGUGUGGGGUUUGGAGAAAGGGAAGGCUUGUGUUUAGAAUACAAAGGCAUAAUGUGGUUAUUAAAAGAUUGGAUUUGUCAAAAGCAAGAGCAAAAGCUAAAAUGGAAAGCAGAAAGCUGAAGGUAAACAAGCUAUUUUUCCCGCCUCACGGUUGAACUUGUUCUAACGCGGCCAAUUCCUGGGUUCGGAAAACGUUUUACACAUACAAUCGGAACGUUUCAAAAAGGUCAAGAAAAGAGAAACAAAAUGUAUGGAAUGGCCUUGGUCGGUAGGUGACCACAUUUGGGAUGGGUAAAAAAAGCACUUUUUCUCUUUGUAUGGAGUGAUGAUUACAUUUGGCGACAGAAAAUUUCUGAAAUAUUGCCAUCCAUCCAUUUUGUAACCAUGGUAGUCUGCAAGGAUGUUUUACAAGGUGACCAACAUUUGGUUCUUCAAAUUCAUCCUAUAUUACCCCCACUUGGUUUUUGUCUGUUUUAUUUUUCUACAAUUGACUGCUUGCCAUAUAGAGAAUGGACCUGUACAGCCUGUUCAGAUAUCACCAUAAGCUGUUGUAACAAAUGAAAUGCUGACUUUUUUUUUUUUUUUUUCUAAAUACAAGUGAGUGAACCUCGA